AUGCGUAAAGACCAUUAUCCGGAUUUCUUGUUUCUCAUGGAGACUAAACAAAAAGAUAGUUACAUGAUCGGUUUACAAAAAACUCUUGGUUACGAUAGGAUGUUUACUGUUUCGCCUGAAGGUUUGAGUAGAGGCUUAGCAGUGUUGUGGAAAGAUUGUUACAAGGUAGAGAUCUUGCCUUCAGAUAAAAGGCUCAUUGAUAUGAGUGUGGAGAUGGGAUCAUUGUUCUUCUUCUUGUCUUGUAUCUAUGGAGACCCAGUUAGAGACAGGAGGCAGCUGGUGUGGGAUAAGCUAGUGAAUAUUGGCUUAACAAGAGAUCGUGCGUGGGCACUGAUCGGUGACUUCAAUGAAUUACUAGAUAAUUCAGAGAAGUUAGGUAGAGCGUUUAGAAAUGACUCUACGUUUUGGGAUUUUAGGAAUAUGGUUGAAAACUGCAAGAUCAAGGAAGUGAGGUCAACUGGGAACUCUCUCUCUUGGGUUGGCUGGCGAGAUAAUGUUUGGGUUGAGUGCAGACUGGACCGCAGUUUUGGGAAUGAUGAAUGGUUUCAGUUGUUUCCUCGAUCCAACGUAAACUAUAUGGAGAUGUGGCCAUCAGACCACAGGCCUCUGCUUUUGAAGUUUGUAUUGGAACCUCAUGUUCGUGGUCGGGGUCAUUUCUACUUCGAUAAGAGGAUGGUGGGGAAUGCUGGUUUUGAGGAUGCAGUUCGACGAGGUUGGGAUGGAGGCACUGGUGACAAUUCGUCUAUCAUGGACCACUUAUCGAGUUGUAGAAAAGAGCUCUCAUGGUGGAAGAGAUCCUCAGAGCUUAAUUUUAAAACUCGUAUUCAAAGGCUGAACCAAGAGCUUGAGAAGGAGAUUGCAAAGAUAAGACCAAGUGCUCGCUCUAUGCGUCGGCUACGAGUACAAAUUGCUCAAGCUCACCGAGACGAAGAGAGAUACUGGAGAAAGAGGAGUAGGGAACAAUGGUUGAGAGAAGGAGCUAAAGGCGACAUAGCUGUUGGGUAUUUCCGAGAUUUAUUCAUGAGCUCAAACUCGUUGGACCUUGAGUCUCUGUUUAAAGGUUUCCAGGGCAAGGUAACUGAGGAUAUGAACGUAACGCUCACUAAGGAGUUUACACCAGAAGAGAUAAAGAGAGCAGCAUUUUCGAUCAGGGUAGCAGUGCACCUGGAGAAGAUGGGAUCACUGGGGGUUAUCUCUGACAACAUCAUUGUGGCGCAUGAGAUGGUUCAUGGUCUACGCACUAACAACUCGGUGAAUGAGAAGUUUAUGGCUAUUAAAACUGAUAUGUCAAAAGCUUGUGAUCGAGUUGAGUGGAACUUCUUAUAG